AUGACUGAAGGGCCAGAGCUAAAAAAGCAAAAGCUGGAUAAGCCUCAAUUGUAUCAGUGUGAAUACGUAAUACCCAAGAAGAAUAAGAGGUGUCGAAUGUUGAGGAAAAAGCAGAACAAGUUUUGUUCAGAGCAUAUGAUUCAUGACGCGAGCUCGAGUCAAAAACGUAUCCCCUGUCCAUUGAAUCCAAAUCACACGAUAUGGGAAAAGGAUCUAAAGUCUCAUUUGGAAAAAUGUAAUGCUCGUCCGAAGAAGGAGCAUGAUCUAUGGUACAUAGAGAAUUUCAAUUCCCAGAUGGCCAAUUCAGUUGAUGUCGAUUUUGUUGAUGGUCCUGAACAGGAUGAUAAUUACUGCAGAGAAGUAUUGGACAAGAUUGAAUUUGAGCCACUUGAGAAAAUCGUAUGUCAACAUGAUGGUUUACUACUGCAAUUGCAAGAAAAGACAAAUCAAAAGCAUGUGAUCCAGCAGUCAUCACUUAUAGGCAAUUUGAAACGUCUCAGGUUGCUCUCCUUAGAUGCAUUUUAUAUGGAGUUUGGCUGUGGAAAAGGCGAGCUCUCACGGUAUGUGAAUCAAUGUGUGUUGCGUGAUUUUUCGAAAAGUGCCGAGGGAUAUGGGUUUGGGUUAAUUGACCGAGGUACAAAUCGUCUCAAAGCUGAUAACAAGAUUAUUCAAGAUUCGGAACCAUUUCAAAUAACACCUAUAGUCAAAAGAAGCAAAAUCGAUAUAAAACAUCUAAAUCUUGACAAGUUUUUGGAAGAUGUAAAUCCAACUCGAGUGGUGGCGAUCUCGAAACAUUUGUGUGGAGCAGCUACUGAUCUCACAUUGAAGCUGCUUUUGAACUCAUCCUUGUUUGAAGGAAAACGGUUUGGAGGCGUACUAAUAGCAAUGUGCUGUCGCCAUGUCUGCUUUCAAGAUGAGUUUCUACCACAGUCCAAGCAAUACUUGAUUAACCUUGGUUUCAACACACGUCAGUCAAUGACGACGUUGACGAAGAUGGUCUCAUGGGGAGUAAAUUUGGAUAGUGACAGCACCAGCGAAGACAACGUUGAUUCAGGUCUCACUUCCAAACAGAGAUAUGAAUACGGUAUCAAAGCAAGGAGGAUUAUUGACGAGAGCAGAGUGCAUGCAUUGAAAAUGAUUUUGGGUCAUGACUACAACGUUGAGAUAUUUUGGUAUGUGGACACUGAUAUCACAAAAGAGAAUGUGUGCUUGUCCAUCACGCGACACGUGAACAAAGAUGAAUGA